AUGCUGACCAAAUUUCUUGGCGACGGCGACGACGACGACCAAGGGUACUUCUCAUGUUGGGCGCAGAAGUACGCAUCCCUUAAGAGCUUUAGCAAUCCUAAAGAAGCAGAUAUUCCCAAGCGGUUAGUAUACGCUUGCAUGUUCGGUUUGAAUGAGCUGGUUUCGGAUCUACUCGAGAAAGGGCAUGACAUCAAUGCCAUUGAUACGGAAUUUGGGUCACCUCGAAUAGUUGUCAUUAGUGGCGGUCACGUGGUGCUGGUCAGGUGUUUGAUAGAGCAUGCACCAGACAUUAAUCACCCCUUUGGCGGCCUAGAAACACCUUUGCAGGCAGCGGUUCUCUCCAGAAAUCGCGAAAUAGUUGAGAUGCUCUCGUCCAAUUGUGCCCAUGUUAACGCCGUAGGUGGAGCUCACGGAACAUCACUUCAAGCCGCUGUUUACAUCGGCCAAGAAUGGGCUGUGGAGCUGCUUGUGGAGGGAAAAGUAGGUUUAGAGACAGAAGGAUAUGGGGCUCCCCGGAGCGCCGAUGGAAGGGAGGGGGAGGGGGGGAAGGCUCUUUUAGGACAGACUCCGGGGAGACGGAAACCACUGCGGGCACAAUUUGUGAGAAUCUCGGACACCCACUCUUAGUAACAAGCACGAGAGGACACGAAAGAAUUGUUUCCAAACUCAUCAAGGCAGGAGCAAGUGCGGGCCGAGUUUCCGGAGGCUAUGGAACAGCCCUAUGGGCGGCAGCAGCAGGAGGGCAUACGCGCAUACUUGUAGUAAGGAGGCUAUUGAAAGAAGGCGCAGAUGCCAAUCUUCAGGCCGGGUGUUACAGCACGGCAUUGCGUGCUACAGCAUUUUAUUCCAACCAGACAAUUGCAGAGAUCCUCCUGAAUUCUGGAGCCGACGUUAAUGCACGGAGACUGUAUUUAGGUACAGCCUUGGACGCGGCUAACGAGAGGGAAAACCAGACUAUGAGGGCAUUGCUACUGGACCGCGGAGCGGGCUCAACCAUGGCCGGUACUCUUGAACCACCAGCAAAGCUUUUCCAAGAAUCAGAACUCAAACAGCUGUUCGGUAGGCCAUGGGAAGGGCGCUACUUUUACCAUGACUCCCUCAUCCCAACACACUCUGACAGCGUCUCUAUAAACCCAACCGCAGCCUCAAACUCAGAAAUCAUAUACUUCAACUUUAAGAUAGCACCAAUCUCGGAAGUAGACCAACGCAUAAGGAUAUCCUGCCGGGGAGCGGACGUCGUAGGGACCUGGGUUAUCGAAGGCGUAGUGCUGGAUGAUAGGCACAUAAACUUCCUAAAGAACUACAGCAACUACGAAUGCUUACGUUGGGAAUACGCGGGCCAGAUAUUUCUCGAACCGGAAAUAUGCAUCGGUGGGACGUGGGGAAACAAUGGCGAAUCAGGAACUUUUCUACCACGCCCCCAGCAGAUACGUAACGGGAAGGGGUCGGGAAUUAGUAGCGCGGGCACGACAUAG